CAACACGUCACAAUGGAGGCCGUGCGACGUCAUAUUUGUGGCCUCAUCAUCAUAUGCUUCUGGCAACAACACAGCCGUGCGUUUCAUUUGUAAACUUUAUUGACGACUGAUGAGCGAAUAAGCGGUAGGGAUUCUCUGCGUUUUGCCUGUCAUUAGAGUUGUGAAGAUUAAUUUAACAUAGAUGUUUACUAAAACCAGCGCACGGACUGCAGUACAGCAGCAGUUACUGGUGUGAACCUGAGAUGUUCCUACUGAUGUUCUUCUUGCAAUAAAAUGAUGGAUGGAAGUGAGAAGAUGGAGUCUGAUGAUGUGGUGAUCAUCGUGGAGAAUGAGGCGGAAAGUAAGCGCGCUGAUGAAGCUCAGGGCAGUGUGAGGAUGAUGAUGAUGGCUCUGAUGGACGUGUGUCCCGUGUGUAAGCUCAGCUUCAGUAGCAGGGAGCCCAAACUGCUGCCCUGCCUGCACUCCUUCUGUAAGAGAUGCUUACCUGCUCACAACACACCGGCCAGCACCAACAGCAACGCGCAACAGUUGAACAUGAUCCGCUGUCCAGUCUGUCAGCAGGAGUGCAUGGAUGUUGAGGUCUUGGAUAAUUUCUUCGUCAAGGAUUCUGUGGAAGUGCCGAGCAGCACAAUGGAGAAGAGCUGUCAGCUCUGCAUGAGUUGUGACGAUAACACAGAGGCCAGCGGUUUCUGCGUGGAAUGCGCAGAGUUUCUGUGUGUCACCUGCAUCGAUGCUCACCAGCGUGUGAAGUUCACCAGAGAUCACACAGUUCGGCAAAUAACCGAAAUGUCCUCAGAGGCGAUGGGUGCUUCCACACAGAAGCCUGUCUUCUGUGACAUCCACAGACAGGAGCCAUUGAAGCUCUUCUGUGAAACCUGCGAUCUCCUCACCUGCAGAGACUGUCAGCUACUCAAACACAAGGACCAUAAUUACCAAUUUCUAGAAGAUGCAUAUAAAAACCACAAGGAACAUCUGGAAAAUAUGACCUGCCAACUUCAAGAAAAGAAGAAAGUUAUAGAGGACAUAUCUAAUACCAUAAACAACGGUCUUCAGCAGGUGGAUGAAAACCGCAAGACUGUGGCUAAUGAAAUUAAAAAAUCUAUCUGCAAUCUCAUUAUGGAGAUCAACAGGAAGGGGAAGUUAUUGUUCAAUCAACUUGAGGCAAUCACAAAGGACCAUGAAACCCUCUUGAAAAAGCAACAACAGGAUGUGACCUCACUCUCCACACAUCUUGAUCACGUGAUUAAUUUCACAAAAUGGGCCACAGCCAGUAACAGUGGAACAGCCCUCCUGUACUGUAAGCGGUUGAUAACUUGUCAAAUCCAGUACCUCAUGCGAGCAAAGUGCAACAUCUCAUAUGUUCCCCAGAGUUUGGUUCGGUUUCAAAGUCGAUCUGCUUUUUGGGCCUCAAAUGUGGAUCUUGGUUCUUUAAUGGUAGAGAAAACUCCAGUGCGUCAUCCCAGUGGUCCACAGCCAUUUCCUUUCCAGCAAAUGAACCCAGGCCCUAGACCCGAUGGUCUUCAGACGGGGUUCCCAAACUCACAUGCCCAGCAGCAGCAGCAGCAGCAGCGGCAAAGCACAUUGGCCCAGCUGCAGAUGCAGGUGGAGAAACUCUCCCAGCACACCAACCGCCACCAACCACCCACCCAGUGGUCAUGGUACCACGGCAUGCGCUUACCAGGGCCAUCUCCACAUAGACCCAUGCAGGGUGGAUCACCCUCUCAGGCGUUACCCAGCAUGCCUCAACAUGGGCGUCGAUAUGGUGCACGGAGCCCGCCACCUAUGCUUCAGCCCACUAACCUACCUCCACAGACUUUGAGGGGUCUUAUCAACAAUCCCACCUAUCCUCUUAAACCGAUGGAGGUGCUUCCAAGAACCCGCUAUCCUCACAGUGCUGCUUUCUCCAGUGGAGCUUCACUUCCCACUCCACAGACGCUCAAUCAGCAGAACAUGCAGGUAACGUCGUACCUGAACAGGAGAUUUGAUCCCAGCAUGCAGCUGUCUGCUCAAAGGCCCAGUUAUCAACCCAGUCACCUCUCCACACCUACAGAACGAACUGUACAAGGAAGACAAAUGUCUGUCACAUCAUCAGAACCAAAGACCAGUUCUGGCUCCUGGAAGCGUGUAGAAGCCCCCCAGAGUGGCCCAUCAAACCCCCCCACCAAGAGGAGACGCAGGUCGUCCCCAGGGCCAGUCAUUGUUAUCAAAGAUGAACCAGAGGAUGAUGAAGUUCAUUUUGUAAACACCAGUGCUAAAGCCAGUCUUCCAGACAGCACAGGCGUUCAGUCUCAAACACCACAGGGUGAGCAGCAAUCAGAGAAGACCCCAGAAGCAGAUGAAGACCCCAAUGAGGACUGGUGCGCGGUGUGCCAGAACGGAGGAGAACUGCUCUGCUGUGACAAAUGUCCCAAAGUCUUCCAUCUUAGCUGCCAUAUUCCCACACUGACUGCCUCUCCAAGUGGGGAGUGGUAUUGUACGUUCUGCCGUGACCUUACCUCACCUGAAAUGGAGUAUAACGUCAGUGCUAGAGGAGAAAUGAACAAUGUUAAGCAGGAUCCAGAUUCUGAGGCUUUCACUCCUGUGGAUAAAAGAAAAUGUGAGCGACUGCUGCUUCGUCUUUACUGCAAUGAGCUCAGCACGGAUUUUCAGGAGCCUGUUACACCAUCGUCGAUGCCAGAAUACAGUGAGAUAAUAAAGACGCCAAUGGACCUGUCGGUGAUCAGAAGCAAACUGGAGGACAGAAAUUACAAGAGCACUGAGGACUUUGUUGAGGAUGUCAGGUUGAUUUUCAAAAACUGUGCAACUUUCCACAAGGAAGACACUGAGAUGGCCAGUGUGGGUGCUAAUCUGGAGAGUUACUUUGAGGAACAGCUGAAGCUCUUGUAUUCAGACCAUACAUUUCCUGGCGUGAAGGAGGAGAGCGUUGCUUCUUUGUGUCCUGAUGAUACAAGUCUCUUAUCAAAGACGCCUCCACAAGACACUUCCCCUGCUGAGGAGAUUGUGAAACCCUCCAGUGAAGAUCUCCCUCAGGGGGAACCGCACAAUAAAGACAUUGAGAAGAAGCCAGAGAACUUAAGUUCUCCUGCAGGAUCCAGUCCAGCAGAUGCUGAAACAGACAGUAAAGUGACUAAAGAUCCAACUUCCUGAAAUAAUCUUCCUUGUUCAUCCUCUAAAGACUGGAUGGUGACAUGCACUUUCCUAGAGUGUGGAACCUCUGGUUCAACUGCAAUAAUUAUACUGUACAUUUUAAUUGUUUUAAGCAUUUGGAAAAUAGACAGUUUGACCACUAAAGAUGUAAUAUAGCAAUGCAAUGUGGAAUAUAGGCAUAAUAAAUACCUAUAAUAAUACAUCUAAAA